CGUUCCCGGAAGUUGAAGGCCUUCCAGGCGUGGAACUAUUUGGGACAUCAUGGCGGUGCACUCAGCCAGGGCUUUCCCCAGUUGUUUGAGUUGAGUUCGGGAGAAGUAUGGCCAGGUCGAGUCAGUACCUGUACCUGCGCCAACUGCAGGGACCUCUGCUCCCACCCAAGGACCUGGUGGAGGAGGAGGAGGACGACGACCACUACCUAAGGGACGACGUGGAGGAGGAUGAAGACUCGGUGUUCGUGGACGCCGAGGAGCUCUGCAGUGGGGGCGUAAAGGCUGGCAGCCUCCCCGGCUGCAUCCGCGUUUUAAUUCCUGAUGAAAAAACACAAGAGAACUGUAAAGUGUUUGGACGUUUUCCUAUAACAGGUGCUUGGUGGAGAGUGAAGGUACAAGUAAAGCCUGUGGUGGGAUCAAGGAGCUAUCAAUAUCAAGUUCAAGGAUUUCCAUCUUACUUUUUGCAGUCUGAUAUGUCACCACCAAAUCAAAAACAUAUCUGUGCCCUCUUUCUUAAAGAGUGUAAUGUCCCCAGUGAUUAUAUUAAUCAGUUUUUAACAUGGGUAGAUGAAGUAUCAAGCUACAGAAACCUAAACUUUGAAAAUCUUAGGGAAACACUAAGAACUUUCCGAAAUGAAACUAUAAGGAAAAGUCAAAAGCAGCCUGCACAGAAUGGCCAGGAAGAGUUGUUCCCAGACAAUGAGAUGAGUCUUCCUAUGGAAAACACAGUUCCAUUUAAAAAUGUAAUGACAGCUUUGCAGUUUCCGAAAAUAAUGGAAUUUCUACCAGUUCUUCUGCCUCGUCACUUUAAAUGGCUCAUAAGUUCAGGUUCUAAACAGGUCUUGAAAGAGAUAGAAGAGAUUUUAGGUACGCAUCCAUGGAAACUUGGAUUUAGUAAAAUAACCUACAGAGAAUGGAACCUGUUGCGAUGUGAGGCAAGUUGGAUAGCGUUUUGUCAGUGCCAGCCUCUUCUCCAGUUGAUGGCUGAUUUGGAGAAGAAUGCAUUAAUAAUAUAUUCAAAACUGAAGCAGAUGUGUAGAGAACAUGGGCACACAUAUGUUGAAGUAAAUGACUUAACUUUGGCCUUGUCAGGUGACAUGUCAUUUCCUGAUGCUUCGGAGUCUCUGAAGUUUUUGAAGGAUAUUGGUGUGGUGACAUAUGAGAAGGCCUGCGUCUUCCCUUACGAGCUUUACCAGGCUGAAAGAGCCAUUGCCUUUUCAAUUUGUGACCUGAUGAAGAGCCCUCCAUGGCAUUUAUGUGUCGAUGUUAAAAAGGUGCUUGCCUCUAUUCACACCACAGAACCUGAGAAUUCAAGAAGGGGUGAUGCAUUGAAUGAGAGCAAACCUGAUGAAGCAAGAUUAGAAAAUCCUGUGGACACACAGGACAGUGCUGACUAUAUUUGGAAUAAUGGUGAAAGUGAAAUUAAUGCAGAAAUAUGUGAAGUUCAGCUGGAUCAGGAUCAGAUUGAAGUUCAGCUGGAUCAGGAUCAGGUGGCUGCUUUGGAAAUGAUUUGCUCCAAUCCUGUGACAGUCAUAAGUGGGAAAGGUGGAUGUGGGAAGACCACAAUUGUUAGCCAUCUUUUUAAGCAUAUAGAGCAGUUGGAAGAAAGAGAAGUAAAAAGUGCUUGUGAAGAUUUUGAACAAGACCAGAGUUCUUCAGAAGAAUGGAUUACCUUUACUGAGCAAAGUCAACUAGAGGCAAGCAAGGAUAUACAAGUUUUGCUCACAGCACCUACAGGGAAAGCAGCUGGCUUACUGAGACAGAAAACUGGUCUUCAUGCCUACACACUGUGUCAGGUCAAUUAUAGCUUCUAUUUAUGGAACCAGAAAAUGAUGACCACAGACAAACCAUGGAAAUUUUCUUCAGUUAGAGUUCUGGUUGUGGAUGAAGGGAGUUUGGUAUCUGUAGGAAUCUUCAAAUCGGUCUUAAAUUUAUUGUGUGAGCACUCCAAACUUUCUAAGCUUGUUAUCCUUGGUGAUAUUAGACAGUUACCCAGUAUUGAACCUGGUAACUUGCUGAAAGAUCUUUUUGAGACUCUUCAGUCAAGAAAUUGUGCUAUUGAGCUAAAGACAAACCAUAGAGCAGAAUCUCAGCUAAUUGUGGACAAUGCUACAAGAAUCUCAAGACGUCAAUUUCCAAAAUUUGAUGCAGAACUAAAUAUCUCUGAUAAUCCAACAUUACCCAUCUCAAUUCAAGAUAAGACAUUUAUUUUUGUCAGGCUCCCAGAAGAGGAUUCCAGUUCUCAGUUAUCUAAAACGAAUCAUCACUCUUAUUUAUAUUCUACAGUUAAAGCUUUACUACAAGAACAUGACUUACAAAAUGCACAAACAUCACAAUUUAUUGCAUUUAGAAGGCAAGACUGUGAUCUAAUUAAUGACUGCUGUUGUAAACACUACACAGGCCACCUCAUCAAAGACCAUCAGAAUAGACUUGUAUUUAGAAUUGGUGAUAAAAUUUGUUGUACCAGGAAUGCAUACCUCUCAGAGUUACUCCCUGAAAAUAUCUCUGGAAGUCAGCAAAAUAAUGACCUAGACACCAGUGGUGAAGACUUUAAUGGUACACUUCAUGAUUUUGCUAAAAAUAAGCAUGACUUUGAAAGUAAUGUUCGACUAUGCAAUGGAGAAAUGUUUUUCAUAACAAAUGAUGUAACUGAUGUAACUUUUGGAAAGAGAAGAUUUUUGACCAUUAAUAAUAUGGCUGGCCUAGAGGUAACUGUGGAUUUUAGAAAACUAAUGAAACACUGUCGCAUAAAACAUGCAUGGGCAAGAACUAUUCACACUUUUCAGGGGUCCGAGGAGCAAACAGUCGUCUAUGUGGUGGGGAAGGCAGGCCGGCAGCACUGGCAGCAUGUCUACACUGCAGUGACCAGGGGCCGCUGCCGAGUGUAUGUGAUUGCGGAGGAGUCUCAGCUCCGGAAUGCCAUUAUGAGAAAGAGUUUUCCUAGAAAAACUCGUUUGAAACAUUUCUUGCAAAAUAAGCUCUCCUUAAACGGCACACCUCCAGUAGAUUUUCAGUCCCCACGGAAGAGCUCUGGAGACAGUGGAGGACCCAGCACACCGUCAGCAUCUCUACUCCCUGUAGUUACAGACCACGCUGUGACAAAUGAUGUCACCUGGAGUGAGGCCUCUUCACUUGAUGAGAGGACACUCACCUUUGCUGAAAGAUGGCAAUUAUCUUCACCUGACGGAGUGGAUACAGAUGAUGGUUUAUCAAAAUCAAGAGCAUCCAAAAGAACCUGUGGUGUGAAUGAUGCUGAAAGUCCAAACAAAAUUCUUAUGGUAGGAGAAUCUCCACAAGUGUCUUCCAGACUUCAGAAUCUGAGACUGAAUAAUCUAAUUCCCAGGCAACUUUUCAAGCCCACAGAUCAUCAAGAAACUUAGUUUUAUUUCAGAUUGCUCAAAGUAACUAUAUUUUUCUAUUCAAGACACAAUGAACAUUGUCGCUUCAAAGUAUCAAGAUGAAAAAAGAAGCCUAUAACUGGAGUUUUAAGGUAUUUGUGUUAGCAAAUGUUUUAAAUCCAUUUAAUCAAAGGAAAUAUGAAUGAUUUCAGCAUUUGUAAUCAUGAGAACUGGUAGCACUGGACAUAAGAGAUUAGAUAUUUUACAUACAUACAUAUUUUUAUAAAAUUACGUAUAUUAGGCAAG